AUGGAUAAUAGCGGCCAAAGGCCACUUUCAGUUCCUGGCUUUGGUGGGAGAUCCCUCUAUGAGGAACUCGGCGCCGACGAUCGCUUUGCUGACGCCGUAAGCGGAUUGGAACAAAGGCCUGCCCUAACUGCACCUGAGAUGGCCAUGUUGCAACUCAUGAGCGACUUGACUGACAAGCGUGACUGGAAUAUCGACGUAUUCAACGAUGAUAUUGUUGCAAAGUGGCGCGAAGAGACAUUCAAGGCCCAAGAGGACGCUGAGGUCCGGGUGGCGCUUCGAAUGCGAUUGAUUAGCGGAAGGGCAUGGGGUUGGUGUAUCAUGGAGCUUCGUGACAAAGCGUCCAUGUUUGAGGAAGACAAACUCAUUCGCCUUUUCGACGCCGGGUCCGCAGUGUGUAAAUCAGAUGCGCUCGUUUCUGAUUGUCUACGUCUUGCGCUAAAGGAUGGCAUUGCGCCGAUGCUUAAGAAGUCGUAUUCGGAUCAAGAUCAAAUGCUUGUCGACCCUUCGUUGUUCCCUUUAGUAUUCGGAAAGACGUCAGUGUUGAUGGAGGGCCGAGUAGGCCUACGAGAUGGCUUUAAGUUGAUUGGAAGCGGAAGGCCCGCUCCAAAGCAGCUAGAUGAGCGAAUGGAUACCUCUGGUGUUGAGCUGAGAAUAAAAGAAGGCGAUGCUGUAGUAUUUUGUACUAAUGAGCUUGAUGAACUCAAACGGUUCUACUGGUCUUCUAAUUUCCAGCUGCUGCCAUGCGAGGUUGAAUUCGACAAGUCGGGCACGGAUGCCCACAUCACUUCAUACAUCAAUAAUCUGCAUCCUCUGCGGCACAAGUCUAUGUAUGACAGUAUUGAGAAGCUUAUUUCACUAGCAAUCAAGCCGUGGAAUGAGUGCCUUGUUAGAGGGGAGAAAGGUCGUUGGCCAAUACGGAUUAGGACAUAUGGUCUUACAUGGGAACCAGAAUAUCCUCAGUCAUCAAUAAUAGAUGGGUUAUACCAAGGCUGCGAGACUAACGCCUAUAAAGAGGCGAUGAAAGAGGCUGAACAGUUCCUCAAACUUCCAAACCGCGGCUCAAAUCAACCAACAGACCUUCCGGAAGGUUGGGAUAAGCAUUUCCAUACAGAAUGGCACGUCAAUGCUAAAUGGAAAAAUGCAUACAAACUACAUCAUCCAGAGCCUGACAUGUCGUUUUCAUAUAAUGAUUGGUAG